AUGUCAGACUCUCCCGCAGAAGCUCCGCAGUAUCCUCCGGGGUAUAUGGAAGCCGACAAAGGCAAUCAAGUGAUCGCGGUGGUCAGCUUCAUUCUGGUACUGGGCACCAUUCUCUUGGCUCUGCGGCUCGCCUCUGUCAUGGCCGAGGAUCCCAAAAAGAUAGUCAACUACUCGAAGCUCCUAUACACUCUUUUUUGGGUCUAUGUGCCCUCUAACGCCCUGUCCCGGGUCUCCGUCGUGGCGCUCUACCUACGCAUCUUCACCAGCAGGUUCUACCGCUCCAUGUGCUGGGUUGUCAUCGCUUUUCUGCUCGGUCAUAUGCUCAUCACUCUCAUCACCGCGCAGCUCGAAUGUUUACCCCUCGCGUAUACCUGGGACAAGUCGAUUCCGGGAGGAAGAUGUAUCAACAAGAUACUGUAUGGUCUCUUCGCCUCCUGCAUGCGAACCGGAAUCUUCUUCCGUGACUCCCACAUCAUCGCAACAGAUCCCACCUGGGCCACGGAUGUCAUGUGCUGGACUAUUGUCGAAUCUGGCAUGUACUUCAGUGCCGCCUGUCUGAUCGGCAUGCGCCCGCUAUUCUCUAAACUGCCGCGCUGGCUCCGCAACCGUAUCCUGCACCCCUCAAAGCGUGGCACCGCAGAUCAGGACUCGCGCUCCGGGACGGGCCUCGGUUUCAACAAGGGUCCCAGCCAUCACCCGUACUCGAGUCUCUCCGGCGGUCGAGACACCCCGGGCCAAGCGACGCAGUUGAAGUCGAUGAAUGCGAUAACGAACACGAUUGUGUCGCCGCGCGGCAGCGGGUUCGACGACGACUCCGUGCGCAACAUAGUAGCGGAUGAUGGGGACAUUAGGGUCCAGACGCGGAUCGAGGUGAGGAGUGAUCGCAGCCGGUAUUGA